AUGCUCCACCACACCGUUAUUUACGCAAACACUGCUGCGGCGCCUACAGCCAGAGCAACCACUGACAUCAGCGAAGCGGGGGAACCAGCCCCAGUCUUGGGCGGAGGGGGAGGGGACGAGAGAGUUGCAGGCGUUGGGCUAGGGGAAGCCAGGGGAGUUCCCGCAGUGGGAGCAGGCGCAGGGGAAGCAGGCGCGGGGGAAGCAGGCGCAGGGGAAGCAGGCGCGGGGGGAGCAGGCACAGGAGCAGCAGGCGCGGGAGCAGUGGCGGUAGUAGGCAGGGGAGUCGACUGGGGCGCAGCGGCCUUACAGGCGGUGGAGUUGAUGGUUGGCGCGGCCGCGGCUCCCGAGAAGCAUGCACCCUGUGGCAAGGAGAAGGGAGUGCAGUGA